AUGAAAAAGGCCACGGGCGGCUGGCGGGCAACGGGUGCAGCGGUCGCGUCGGAAGCGGACGCGUCAAGCUACCUGACCAAGGUGUCGCCUAACAAUCGCGCCGGAUGUCAGGAUGGCGUCUGCAAGAAGGAGGCCCAAAAGUGCAUGAAGGGCUCGCUGCGCUUCGGUACCUGGACUGAGAUCAUGGGCCAUGGCUCCUGGCGGUGGAAGCACUGGGGCUGCGUGUCUGGCGAGCAGAUUUCGCACCUUCGCGAUAUUGUCGAGAGGGGUGGCGGAUACGACUUUGAUGCAGUUGACGGAUACGACGAGAUGGGCGAGCACUCUGACCUGCAGCAGAAGAUCCGUGAUGCCAUUAAGCAAGGCCACAUCUCUGCCGAGGACUUCAAUGGUGACCCUUGGAUGAACAAGCCUGGUCAGCGCGGCAUCCGUGGCAAGAAGCCCAAGGACUGGGACGAUGGCGAGGAGGGUGAUGAGGCCAAGGACGAAGCCCCUGCCCCCGCCGCCACCAACGGCAAGAAGCGCGGUCGCAAGUCCGCCGGCGCCGCCGAUGAGGACGAAGAGGAGAAGCCCAAGAAGCGUGCCAAGAAGGCUGCUGCCAAGGCCGAGCCCGAGGACGAGGAGGAGAAGCCCAAGAAGGCUCCGGCGAAGCGUGGAAAGGCCGCUGCUGCUGCCAAAGCCGCUGCCGCCGAAGAGGACGAGGAAGAGGAGAAACCCAAGAAGGCCCCGGCCAAGCGCGGCGCCCGCAAGUCUGCCGUCAAAGAGGAGUCCGACGGGGAGGAGGAGGCCCCGAAGAAGCCUGCCGCCAAGCGUGGAGCUCGAAAGUCCGCCGUGAAGGAGGAGUCUGAGGAAGAAGAGGAGAAGCCCGCCCCCAAGCGCGGCGCCGCUGCGAAAAAGACUGCUCCCAAGAGGGCGGCUACGAAGAAGGCCAAGGUUGAGGAGUCGGAGGAGUCUGAGGCCGAACCCGAGGCUACCCCUGAGUCGGAGGAGGAGGAGGAGAAGCCUGCGCCGAAGAAGGCCGCUCCGAAUGGCCGCAAGAAGGCUGCUGCUGCACCUGCUGCUGCCGCCGAGGACAAGCCCAAGCGCGGUCGUGCUCGCAAGUGA